AUGGAUCCACGGCAUCCGCCCAAGCUUCCCUUUUCGCCGUCGCCAUACGCUAUUGUUUCUCCUUUCCCUCAAGUUCCAGUUCCAGUUCCAGUUCCAAAUCCAGCUCCAUUUUCCGCUUCUCCAACAACAACAAAACAACCAUCGUCAACACCAAACGGUGUCAUUACGAUCCCUUCUGCUGGUAGCGCCUCGGCCAGCGCGACAACGGCCGUAUUCUAUCCCCUCGCCUCACCUACUCCGCAUUCUUAUCGAAUCGCGCGCGCCGAAUCUUUUCAUCAUCCUCAUGUUGAGAAUUUGAGCCCCGAUCAAAACCUUGCGUAUGCCGCUCCUCAUAGUUUGGCCCAACGACGACCCUCCGACACCUCGAUUUAUACUCCAACGAUCCGCCAUACAAGCCACGAAUCAAAUCACGCGCGUUUCCAAAGCUCUACGGCCAUUAACUCUCUCCGAACUCUCAAUCGCGAAAUGCCCCCUCCGACGUCGCCUCCUCAACCGGGGGCGAAACCGCCGCAAACUCAACAGGCGCACAGCAUGAUGGGCUACGGUCCACCUCCUCCGCAACCUGGUCCUCCUGUUGCUGUCGGUCCCCCGAUGUCUUUUCCUUCAGGUCGCGAACUUCCUGCCCUCGGCGCGCUGGCGAGAUCAGGCAGCAGUAACAGCUCCAUGUCGAUAUCGUCAAUGUUGGGCGGCCCACCUCCAGCCAUGCGCGAAUCGCAACCUCCGCCAUCGCAUUAUCCGCCUCAUUCUGGGCCACCAGUCUCUGGUCCUGGCUUCGCGACUGCAGUACAUGCUUCACCGCGAAUGCACUCUGCAACUUCCAACUACCCGCCAUUUCGUCGACCUCACACUCCUGAUCAUCAGCGACCUUACGAGCCCAGAAACUCACCGCCUGGACACUAUCCCACACCCGAAGUCCCACGCUACAGCACACCUUCUGCCUAUUCAAGGCACCCCUCAGGCUCUGCAGAUCAUGCAAGAGAACCUGGCAGGUUACCACCGGGGCCCCCUCCAAGGCCGAGCAGCCAGCCUAAGUAUCCGGGAAUGCCUCGACCGAUGGAGAUGGGACGACCGCCAGGGCCAGAAGAAGCAUAUGGACGACGAGAUGAUAUGGGCCGACCUCCGCCUGGCAUGGAAUACAACCCUGAAAGAGUUGGUUUGCGACCUAACCCGUACGAGGAUCGGUAUAGGGCAGAACGUGAGCGAAUGGGUGAAGUAGAGCAGCGUGAACGCGAAAGAAGAGAGCGCGCAUACUCUGGCAGCGAUUCGGGAAGACAUUCGAUACAUCCUGGUGACUAUGGACACCGCGAACCACCUCGGAAUCCUUUACCGUACGGCCGACCGCCUGAUCGCGACCCCAGAGACAUGCGAGAACGGGAUCCCAGAGAUGCACAAUGGGGUCGCCCAGGCCCUGAUCCCAGCUAUCGAGCACCUAUGGAUCAUCAGCGACAUCCCGAUUACCCCCCUGGCGCGCCUUACCCUCCUCAUGGCCACUCUUAUCAAGGGCCCCCACCCGAUCGGUACGCGCCAUCCUCACAUCCGCCAGCUCAGAAUAUGCCACCUGGACCGGCACCUUAUGAGUCCCCCGAUCGAGCACGUAUGACUUUGAUUCCUACACAACAACCACAACAUUCCCAUCGAAGGCCAGAGGAAGGGCCUCCACCACCGACAAUUGCCUACAACGGAGCUCAUGGCCCUGGACAAUAUGACUCUCCCCGGCAUCGAAACAGUGACGACGCUUCAGCUCCGAACGGCCAGCGUAACUUGUUAGCCAUUCAGGAGAUGAAUCGAAAGGGUAGAAUUUCACCACUCCCACAAGCGGUACAGGGCGCGCAAUUACAGCAACCUGGACCAACUGGUGAGCCUGGAAUCAAGAGCGAAUUCGGUCGCAUGUUUGCGGGUAUUGGCAAUGGAGUCAUGGGAGUUUCAAGUCCCAUCGCUUCUACAGCCAUGCCUUUUACAAAUGCAAGUCUCGCUAAGCGCGAGGACUCGGAGAACAUAACACCCGAAUCAGGUACAGAGGCAGGAGGCAAGAGCACCAAAGGCAGGAGGAGAAAGCUAAAGGAUGAUGAUGGAAAAGGCGAUGAUGAUAGCUCAGGACGAGCGACUCCAGCAAACAGGGCAAAGCGUCCCAAGACUCACCAGCAUCACCAUCAUCAUCAUCACCCGCACCAUCAUCAUCAUCACCCAGCCGACUCCGCGCCAUUAACUGGUGCUGCGCCUUUCAAGAACUUCAAGACCGGUGCUCCCCCUGGCGAAAAGGGCCUACCUGUUCCUCAUCACCACCAUCCUCCUCGACCUAUACAUACACACCAGCACCAGCCAGCGAAACAAGCUGUGACGAACUCGGCUCCGGUCAUCCCUCCGAAAUCGAAAACAAUUAUAUCAUCAAAGGCUGUGUUGGAAUCCGUCUCAGACCGACCCAGGCACCAUCUUGGAGAUUUCAUCUACGAUCCCGGACUGAAACCUGGGCGAUUAGUACCGAGUACCUCUACACACCGAGCUUUUGCUUCCAACCCAAAACCAUUGCCAUGGGAUAUGAUUAAGAAUAAGGAGAAUUGUAUCCUAACAGUCAAGGUCGCACGAAUUCAUCUCUCGUCAAUCGCAAGAGAAGAGAUAACUUCACGAGGAUAUCUGUGGGGUACUGACGUUUAUACCGAUGAUUCUGAUGUUGUUGCGGCGUGCAUCCACAGUGGUUGGAUCAAGGGAGAAUGGGCUGAGGACGUUGACAACUCGGUUUUGGAUAUUGAUCAGGGAGUCGCCGACAAGCGACGUAAGAAGCCAACGAACUCGACUGUCGACCUCGAAUCCGAAGACCUCAUCACUGUCCCUCCCCCCAGCGGACCCAUGUCGAUCCCUGCGCAACGCGAUCUGCACGUCAACGUUCUGAUCCUUCCUCGAUUGGUCAAAUAUUAUUCUUCUACGCGACAUGGGAUAUCUAGCCGAGAAUUUGGUGGAGACUACGGCCAUCGCCACUCGGUUCACGACGGAAUAAGUUAUAUGAUCAAGAGUGUACGAUGGGUUGAGAACGGCGCACAGCCACAGGCUCGACUUCGCGGCAAAGCUCGACGUGAGCGCAUGCGUAAAGCUAUGCGCGAGGUUAAAGGAGGCCUCGACAAUAUCAACGGCAUUGAUCUCAACAAAGACAAAGAGGGACAAAUAAGAGGAGGAAUAUCUGCCACAUGGAGAAAAAAGGAGCCCGAACCAUCCACAUCGAAGGAUAAUGACCCCGUAGCAGAAGGCGACAAAGAGAAUCAGUCAUCUGCAAACGACGAAGAAGACAAAGAAAAGAGCGAGGCAAAGGCUCAGGACGUGGAGAUGGAUGAUGCCGCCGAAACUCCAGCCUCAGAGGAGAAGACGGAUCAAUGACCUGGUCGUCACGAUUUGUCACAUGUUCAUUAAAAGGCGUUGGUGUCAUUGCAUUGCAAGGCAGAGAAACCGAGGUCUUGUAACAUUAGAAUACCCCUCUUAUGAUAAUAACAAGUUUA